AUGUUUCACGGACUCACUUACCCUGGUAUUCGGUGUAUUAUCGAAAACUUGGACCUGUCUAAACGAAUCCUCCUGGCUUCCCGUGCUCCCGCCAUUCAACGUGUCGACAAAUCGAUUCCUUUUCAUGUCAAAAGUGUACACAUCAAUGAGAACUACUUUUUCCUGAAUAAUAUCUCAGUUGUAUACAUUCCGAGAACUAGAGAACUUCUGUUUGAGGACACUCACAAAGAAAUCUGCAGACAAGUGGAACCACAUCUGGAGAAGAAAAAGAUUCUGGAGAAGAUGUUCAAUUAUUAUCUAGGCGGAAGGAAGAACAUCUAUUUGGAUCAUGUUUUGUUGGAUUGUCCGAUGUCUGAGCUGUCUCUACCACCAAAUCUUAAAUUGACCAUCAACAAGAUGGAAACUCGAUUCUGUGAUUUUAGAGACUUCCUACCUAUAAUCAAUGCUCGAAGUUUCCCAUUGAAAGAGUUCACUGCCAGAGAUAACAAGUCAAUCUUCCUGGAUCACCCAGUCGUUCACUCUGCUGAAAAACUAGUCUUCCACACAAACGCAGUCAACAUGGCGGGGAUAUUUCACGAUAUUAACAAACUUCCAAACAAGAAUAUACUAAUUAAGUUUGAUUCUUCGGACGUUAUUGCUAUAUUGAAUGUUAUCGGGAAUUGGUUAAAUGGCAGGAAGGAAGUGGGAACAAAGUAUAUCUUUAGUUCUCGUUUUAAAACUAAUAUCGAUGAAGUUCUUGCUGAGUUACAGUUGCUUGCUGAGCAUUUCAAAGUUUCUGGGACACCGUAUUUUAGGAUUCCAAUUGACGCUCAAUCAAGUAUUCAAAUUAAUGGAAUUGAGGUCAACGAAGAUGGAGUUUUUGUAUCACAACUGGUAACGGAAGUGGUCUCAACGAAGAAAUCUCUUGAAGGAAGCAAAUGA